GCCACAGUGAAACCUGGUGGAUAAACAGGAGCAACAGAUGGAGUCUCGCGGCCUCCUCGCGCUCCCACUGUUGCUCUGGUUCUGUUGCCAUGGCGCCCUCUCGUGUCCGGUGCGCUGCACGUGUCAUUUCGGCAUCCAGUCCACAGAGACGGUGUGUCCCGACGCGGCGCUCUCGCAUUACCCUAGCGACGGUCUCCCAGGCAACACCACCUCCCUAACCAUCCAGUUCACCAAUCUGAGCAGCAUCUCCGCCCACCAUCUGGGAGCCACGCCCCUUCUCCAGGAGCUCCACCUACCAGGAAACAGACUCAGCAGCUUACCUGAGGACCUGCUUACUGGUCUUUAUCACCUGCACACCAUAGACCUUACAGGUAACCAGCUACAGGAGCUGCCUGCUCGGGUGUUCUAUCAAGCCCCGCUCCUCAACCUGGUUCUUAAAGACAACUGGCUCACGAGCGCCAAUGCUGACUGGCUGCCCACCAACAGCAACCUCACGUGGCUUGAUCUGUCAGGGAAUAAGCUGAAGAAAAUUCCCUCUGCUCUGCUUCAGAGGCUGAGCCACCUGGAAACUCUGCACCUCUCACAGAACCUGCUAGAGGCACUUCCAGCUGAGAGCCUCCACUCCCUUCAUGCUCUACAGAGACUGCACCUGGACGAGAACAAACUUCAGUCCUUGGACGCUAAGGCUUUUAGCCACAACGCUAACCUGACUCACCUGUUCCUUCAGAAGAACAAACUACAGUCUGUCCCGGCUACAGUGUUCCAGGGCCUCGAGCGGCUACAAUACCUGGACCUCUCAGAGAAUCGGCUGACGUUCCUGGUACCUGGCACCCUUGGUUUAGGGGUCGGCUGGUUGGAUUUGGCCUUUAACCCCUGGCAUUGUGAUGCUAAAAUAGAGUACCUGUGGAAAAGGCUAAACAACAUGCCGGUGCAGUCCGAGCCGAGGUGCGCCUCACCUGAGACGCUAAAGGACAAAGCCAUCGCAGCACUUACACCCAAAGAGCUGGGCCUGGCAGACUGA